GAGGUAGCUAGCAAAUAAAUUCGUCUGGUCAUCAACUGCAGCUGAGUAGACGAAAGCAGUAGAAAAUGAACGAGGCCAUCCAGUCUUUUGCUACAAGCGCACUCGAGUACGUGCCGGAGUCAGUGAAGGAUGUUACGGGCCUCCAGAAGCAGAUGGUGGAGGAGGUUGACCACAUUUCCGAUGUUCUUCUCGAGCGCCUGGCGUUCGUCGACGAGCACGUGCCGGAAAUGUUCCUCACGCUCUGCUACCUGGACGGCUUCCAGAUUUGGCGCAUCGUGGAGGAGAACGGGAAGGAGCUGGUGUCCUGGUGGCAGCCGCCCUCAAGCGGGCACCAAAUCGCACGGGUGAAGCUGCUACCCCUGAAUCCGGACUGCCUGUUUUCGAAGGUGCCAGAGGUUUUCGAAGGGGAGGGAGGCACAGACGCAAGUGCUGCGGUGACAUGGCCACGACCUGCGGGUCGUGAAGGUGAAAAUGCAGAAGAAGAGCCCUUAGAUCAUCAACAGCAUCAGGGGCACGACCAGCAAGACCAGGACCAAGAGGCAGCUGCCAGUUGUGGAGUGGAAGAGCCACAAGUGGUCGACCGGGAUGAUGAAGAACCAGACCAAGUGACUCCGCAGCAGAGCGACGUUGCAGCUGCCGGGGCGGAAGAUAACGCAAGGGCGCCAUUGUAUGGAAAAGCGAGCAGCGGGGCGCCCGGGCAACCGGCGAUGUCCCUCCAAUGCAAGCGUCGCAAAGAGGCAUCGCCGCUCGUGGCCUUCGUGACUUCUGAGGGAACGAAAAUCCACAUUUUCUCGCUACGCGAAAACGAGUCGGUCUAUGUGCUGCGGUCGGUGCGGGCGGUGUUGUCUUUGCAAGCCACGAAACGGCUGCUGGCUGCGGGACUCAGUUCCCAAAUCGAUCUGUACGACGCCCGUGACUUUUCGCAUCUGUUCCAGGUAGGCACUGCACCCGCGCCUCUGUCCUCGCUGGGGAAUUUUUGUCUCGGAGACAGGUGGUUGGCGUACGAUCUGAGCGGGACGAGUCUCGCGUCGAAGACGGAGCAACCGCCUGCGCACGGCGCUUUGUCAUCGCAGAACAACACCGCGGGCGACCCUUCCGCAGGUACCACGGAGGGGUCAGGGUUUGAGGUAAAUUCCGCGCGCAGCAAAGUGCAAUCGUACACAAACGCGGUGGUGGACGGGUCCUUUGCCGCGGUUCGGGAUGGCAUCUCGCUGCUAGGGCAAAUUUCGCAAAAAACACUGGACUCCUUUCUGAUGAACAGCGAUGAAAUUCUCGAGCACCGGGCGGCGUUGCAGCUGCAGCAACCCGGUGGCGCUGCACCCGGGAAAGGUGUACUAGGGCGAGGGGCUACCGGAGGGGGCGCAGGCGGUGCGGGCGGGACGUACAAUUUCUACGGGCCCAACCGCCUCGGCGCGGGCUUCGGUGUGGCCGUGCGUGACUGUGUGGGGCGGCACUUGAUCGGGCAAUUCGCGACGCAGGAGCCCAUCGAAUGUAUGCGGUGGAACAGCAGCGGCACCUUGCUGAUAUCUUGCACUGCGAUGGCGCACAACGUGCUCCUCCACCGCGUGAUCGUGGAAAAAAAUCGCACGACGGGGGCGAAGGUGCACCGCUUCGUGCAUGCUUUCACGCUGUCCCGCGGCAUCACGCCGGCACUGAUCUCGAACCUGACUAUCUCGGAGGACAGCCGCGUGGUCGCCGUCAGCACGAAAAAGGGCACGACGCACAUCUAUCUCCUGCCGCCCACAGUGGCGCUUCCGGUGUCGCGCACGGCAGCACCGGCUGAGGGCGACCGCGGCGGAGGGGCGAUUAUUCCAGGUGGGGAUAAUUUUUGCACCCCGUCAGGCGGAAGUGCCGCGUCUACCGGCUCUGUGGUAUUCAACAACCCUGCUGCGGGUGGAAGCCCGCAAAAGUCUGCGGCCGUCGCGUCUAGUUGCAGCUCCUCGGCGACUAACGCUUCUGGCACUACUCUAGUUAGCGCAGCGUCCUCGUCCUCCUCUGCAACCGUUCUGCAAGCAGUCACCCGGAUCAAGCUCGGGUCUGCGUGGCUGCAGGAGGGUUUGCAGCCGGUGUGUCUCUUUGCGGAGACAGCGAAGCACAGCGUCCGCACGCUCUGCAUCGCGACGCGAGCGGGAAUCUUCUCUAUUUUCUCUUUGCGGUUUCUGUCCGCGCCGGAAUCCUCAGUGGCGGAGACGGCUAAAAAUCCGGCGCGCGGCAGGACCUCGUUCUGGGGGCGAAAGUGGUCUUCUACCUGUGCCUCAUCUGCAGAGAAGGACGCUGGACAGCAGGACGAGGAGGCCACGUGUUUUGUGCAACAGACGAAGAGCAUGGGAGCCUACCGCCCCAAGACUAACUUCGUGCAGAAAGCUUAUGUAAGUGCGACAUUUUUCGGAAUUUUUCGAUAGUCUGUAGUUGAAAUCAAGUUCAUGAAAUAUUAACACAUCGAGUAAAUAACAUGAUUUCUAGUUCCGUGGCUUCAUGCGCCUCUGUAGCUUUGUUUGUGCUGUCUAUUCCAUACUCUAUUGUUCGCAGGAAGCCGCGCCGGCUUGGGCGGAGGAGGGGCCCAGUGAGCCGGGGUCGCGGGAUCCCGUUGUGUUUCGCAAACGGCAUGUGCCCAUCUGGUUCUCGCCACAAUUGUCCUUCUAUACCUUCCCGCGCCAGAAGAACGGGGCUGAUGAUUUGCUGAUGGGCGAGAAACCCGGUAGCCGAACACGGUUGACGUUCGCGCACACCGAGCCAGGGUGUGAAGCGAGGCUGGGCAACACGACGGAGGAGCCGCGGAAUCUGUUCCCGCCGGAGGAGGGAGACGAAGAGCACGAAGAGUACUGCUUUGUACCGGAUCACAACUAA